CAGCAGCAUGAGCUAGGUAGUCUAAAGAGAAUUUUUGGCUCAUGAUCCACAAGAACAGGAUAGGCAGGCAUAAUAGAUAGAUUAAACUUCUGCUCCCAGCAAAGUUGGAAUAGCCUUCUCAAAAUCUCUUGAAAUGCAGCUCCUGGAAGAUCCACCAAGUUGAGUGCAAGAAUAAGUCCUCACAACAUCACCUCACAGAAGUUCAUAGAUUCUAAGGAAAUCUCUUCCAAAAGUUCCUAGUGAAUGAAAUCAAGGAGAAGAGCAUGAGCUAUAGCUAGCAGCUAGCUAGAGAAGAGCUUGUUUGUGAUCUUCCACUCCAAGAAUUUUUAGCUAGUGAUCUUAGAGCAAGGAAAGCACACCAUAGCUAUGGAGAAGAAGAAGAAGAAGAAUCACAUCCAAGACAAUGUGCUCUUGGCGAUGGCAUUCUCGAUCCUCCUCCUGCCAGCGCGCGCGGACGAUCCAACCGACGAGGCCUCCAUCCUCAAGUCCCUGGCGGAAUCCAUGGACCCGGCCAAGCUCCUCCAAGACUGGUGGUCGGAUCCCUCUAGCGGCGUCGCCGCCAGCCACUGCCAAUGGAGCGGCGUCACUUGCUCCACCGCCGCCGGCCCCGUGACCUCGCUCGAUCUCCACUCCAAGAACCUCUCCGGAUCGCUCUCCUCCCACCUCGGCCGCCUCUCCUCCCUCUCCUUCCUCAAUCUCUCGGACAACGCCCUCUCGGGUCCCUUGCCCCCUGCCAUCGCCGAGCUCUCCAAUCUCACCGUGCUGGACAUCGCCGUCAAUCUCUUCUCGGGCGAGCUCCCGCCAGGGCUUGGAUCGCUGCCGCGCCUGCGAUUCCUCCGCGCCUACAACAACAAUUUCUCGGGCGCGAUCCCCCCGGCUCUCGGCGGCGCGAGCGCGCUGGAGCACCUGGAUCUCGGCGGGAGCUACUUUGAUGGCGCGAUCCCUGGCGAGCUCACGGCCUUGCAAUCCCUGCGAUUGCUCCGCCUCUCGGGCAAUGCCCUCACGGGCGAGAUCCCGGCCUCCAUCGGCAAGCUCUCGGCGCUCCAGGUACUCCAGCUGAGCUACAAUCCCUUCCUCUCGGGCAGGAUCCCGGACUCCAUCGGCGAUCUUGGCGAGCUCCGCUACCUCAGCCUGGAACGAUGCAAUCUCUCCGGCGCGAUCCCUCCCAGCAUCGGCAAUCUCUCGCGUUGCAACACGACCUUCCUCUUCCAGAACAGGCUCUCGGGGCCCUUGCCCUCCUCCAUGGGCGCCAUGGGCGAGCUCAUGUCCCUGGAUCUUAGCAACAACAGCCUCUCCGGCCCAAUCCCGGAUUCCUUCGCGGCGCUCCACCGCCUCACGCUGCUCAACCUCAUGAUCAACGAUCUCUCCGGCCCACUGCCGCGAUUCAUCGGCGACCUCCCCAGCCUCCAGGUGCUCAAGAUCUUCACGAACUCCUUCACGGGAUCGCUGCCGCCGGGGCUGGGAUCCUCGCCAGGCCUCGUCUGGAUCGAUGCUUCCUCCAAUCGCCUCUCCGGCCCCAUCCCCGACGGGAUCUGCCGCGGCGGAUCACUCGUCAAGCUCGAGUUCUUCGCGAAUCGCCUCACGGGCUCCAUCCCGGAUCUCUCCAAUUGCUCGCAGCUCGUGCGCGUCCGGCUCCACGAGAACCGCCUCUCCGGCCCCGUGCCGCGCGAGUUUGGAUCCAUGCGCGGCCUCAACAAGCUCGAGCUCGCGGACAAUCUCCUCUCGGGCGAGAUCCCAGACGCCCUCGCCGACGCGCCGCUGCUCUCCUCGAUCGACCUCUCGGGUAACCGGCUCUCGGGCGGUAUACCGCCGCGGCUCUUUACAGUACCGCAGCUCCAGGAGCUCUUCCUCGCCGGCAACGGGCUGUCCGGCGUCAUACCGCGCGGUAUCGGCGAGGCUAUGAGCUUGCAGAAGCUCGAUCUCUCGGACAACGCCCUAUCCGGGACGAUCCCGGAGGAGAUCGCGGGUUGCAAGAGGAUGAUUGCGGUGGACCUGAGCGGUAACCGGCUGUCAGGGGAGAUACCGCGCGCCAUAGCAGAGCUUCCAGUGCUGGCUACGGUGGAUCUCUCGCGGAAUCAGCUCACGGGCGCGAUCCCUCGCGUGCUCGAGGAAUCGGACACUCUCGAGAGCUUCAAUGUGUCCCAGAACGAGCUCUCAGGCCAGAUGCCCACGCUGGGCAUCUUCCGGACGGAGAACCCGAGCUCCUUCUCGGGCAACCCGGGGCUGUGCGGCGGUAUACUGUCCGAGCAACGGCCAUGUACUGCCGGCGGCUCGGACUUCUUCUCGGACUCCGCCGCCCCGGGGCCGGACAGCCGGCUCAACGGGAAGACGCUGGGCUGGAUCAUCGCGCUGGUGGUGGCGACGAGCGUGGGCGUCUUGGCGAUCUCCUGGCGGUGGAUCUGCGGCACCAUCGCCACGAUCAAGCAGCAGCAGCAGCAGAAGCAAGGAGGCGAUCACGACCUCCAUCUCAAUCUCUUGGAGUGGAAGCUCACGGCGUUCCAGCGGCUGGGCUACACUUCCUUCGACGUGCUCGAGUGCCUCACGGACAGCAACGUCGUCGGCAAGGGCGCCGCCGGGACCGUGUACAAGGCCGAGAUGAAGAACGGCGAGGUCCUGGCGGUAAAGAAGCUCAACACGAGCGCGAGGAAGGAUACCGCAGGCCACGUACAGCGCGGCUUCCUGGCCGAGGUGAACCUCCUGGGCGGCAUCCGGCACCGCAACAUCGUCCGGCUGCUCGGCUACUGCUCCAACGGGGACACGAGCCUCCUCAUCUACGAGUACAUGCCCAAUGGGAGCCUGAGUGACGCGCUGCAUGGGAAGGCCGGGAGCGUGCUGGCGGACUGGGUCGCGCGGUACAAGGUGGCGGUGGGCAUCGCACAGGGGCUGUGCUACCUCCACCAUGACUGCUUCCCGCAGAUCGUCCACCGGGACGUGAAGUCGAGUAACAUCUUGCUCGAUGCAGAUAUGGAGGCUCGGGUGGCGGACUUUGGGGUAGCCAAGCUUGUCGAGUGUAGCGAUCAGCCCAUGUCCGUCGUUGCCGGAUCGUAUGGCUACAUUCCUCCAGAGUAUGCGUACACGAUGCGAGUGGACGAGAGGGGCGACGUCUACAGCUUCGGCGUGGUUCUCCUCGAGCUCCUCACAGGCAAGCGUCCCGUGGAGCCCGAGUUUGGAGACAACGUCAACAUUGUCGAGUGGGUUCGUCUCAAGAUCCUCCAGUGCAACACCACCAGCAACAAUCCGGCUAGUCACAAGGUCUCGAACAGCGUCUUGGACCCGAGCAUCGCGGCCCCGGGGUCAUCGGUGGAGGAAGAGAUGGUUUUGGUGCUUCGGAUUGCGCUGCUGUGCACGAGCAAACUCCCCCGCGAGAGACCCUCCAUGCGCGACGUGGUGACAAUGCUGUCUGAGGCGAUGCCCCGGAGGAAGGAGACCUCGUGCUGCCAGCAACAACAACAACAGCAACAACACUCCUCGAUUUGCAAUUCACCCGAGUGAUCCACUCGCUCAUUUAAGAUCGUGGUGGAACGAUCGUGCAGGGAGCGAUCACUAUUUAAGAGCGCAGUGGAGACAGAGGAUUCAGCAAAGGAAAGUCGAUCCAUCCAUGGAGAACGACCGAGAAAAGGACUUGGACCUCAUGCCAGCUUGUUCUCUCUCCAUUGUCGAUCGUGGCAGGCUCUAUUGAUUGAUUAUAUGAUUCAUGUCCAUUGACAGAGACGUAUCAUCCUUCUCCACUACUGAGAAUCUAUUCAUUGUUUUUUAAUUUUAUAGAAUACGUGAAUAAAAUACCAUUUUAAA